AUGGCGAAAUCUCUUCAAAUAAUCUCAUUUAUAAUCUGGUUAAUUCGUUGUUUUCUUUCGAUCUGGAUUCGACUUGGUUUUCGUUUAAUAUAUGGAAAUCAAAAAUUUCGUUUACCACCCAUCACAAAUCAAAUAUUACUUCUACCAGCAACUGUAAUUGCAAAACGAAUUCGAGAAAGACAAGUAAAAUGUUAUGAUGUUGUUCGUAUUUAUAUUGAACGAACUCGAGCUAUUCAUCCAUAUUUAAAUGUUUAUAUUGAUGAAAGAUUUUCUGAAGCAUUAAUUGAAGCACAAGAAAUUGAUCGUAUAUUAGAUGCUGUUGUAAAUAGACAAAGAACAUUACCAGAUGAAUGGACUGAAGAUCGAGCUCCAUUUCUUGGUGUACCAUUUGCUAUUAAAGAAUCAAUGGAAUUUCCAGGGUUUCAUAAUUCAACAGGAAUUGCUGCAAGAAAAGAUUUUAUAUCAACACGAACAGCAACAUCAGUAGCUCAUAUGUUAAAAUCAGGUGCUAUUCUUUUAUGUAAUACAAAUGUUAGUGAAGGAUGUAUGUGGUUUGAAUCACGAAAUUCUCUUUAUGGUACAACAAAUAAUCCAUAUGAUUUAACACGAAUUGUUGGUGGUAGUUCAGGUGGAGCUGGUUGUAUUGUUUCAGCAGCUGGUGUUCCAUUUGCUAUCGGAGCAGAUAUUGGUGGAAGUAUUAGAUUACCUUCAUUUAUGAAUGGAAUAUUUGGUCAUAAGACAACACCUGAUAUUGUGCCAAAUGAUGGUCAAUAUCCUCCACAUAAAGAACAUCAUCAAAAAUAUUUAUUAUCCACAGGACCAAUGUGUCGUUAUGCAUGUGAUUUACAACCAAUGCUUAAAGUAUUGGCAGGUUCACACAAUAUUGAACGAUUAUUACAUUUUGAUGUUUCAGUUGAUUUAAGUAAAUUACGUUAUUUUUAUAUCGAUGAAAUCGAUGCUUAUUUUAUUAAUAAAGUUGAUCGAGAUCAAAAAUUAGCCCAUCGACGAGUUGUUGAACAUUUUGAAAAUAAAUAUAAAGUUCAUGUAACACGUUUACGUUUAAAUCGUCUUCGUUAUGCUGUUUCUCUUUGGUCAUCAAUGAUGGUUGAUGGUCAAAUGUCAACACGUGAUUUUUCUUUGACACUUUGUAAUCGUACAUCAUAUAUAAAUGGUUAUCAUGAAUUAUUAAAAAAAUUUUUAUUUCGUUCAACACAUACAUUACCAGCAAUAGGUCUUGUUAUAUUAGAAGCAAUACCAAAUAAAUAUAAUGAAUAUUUUCAUAAAUUAGCACAUAAAUUUUAUGAUGAAAUUCAAAUAUUAUUAGGUGAUAAUGGAAUAUUAUUUUUUCCAACAUUUCCACAAUCAGCACCUGUACAUGGUUGGCCUGUUUUAAUGAAUACAUUUGAUUAUAUUUAUUGUGGAAUUAUAAAUGCAUUAGGUUUACCAUCAACACAAUGUCCAUUAGGUUUAGAUAGUCAACAAUUACCAUUAGGUAUUCAAUGUGUUGCUGCUCGUGGACAUGAUCAAUUAACAUUAGCUGUUGCACAAGAAAUUGAACAAGCUAUGGGUGGUUGGAUGUCUGAACACGAAACUGGUUCAUCAGAUGAUGAAGAACGUAUUAAUCAAAUAACAACAGUUAAAAAGAAAAAAGGCAAUGUUGUUUAUCAACGUGUUAGUCGUCCAACUACUUAUGAUGAUGAUGAUGAUGAUGACGAUGAAGAUGAAUUUAAUCGACAAAUUCGUUUAGAAGAAACAAAAAAAUUACAAAAUGAAGCAGAAAAAACGAAAACACGAGUUGAUCCGGAUGGUACCGUUUAUGAAUGGGAUCCAAACGUUAAAGGAUGGUUUCCAAAAGUAUCAGAAGAGUUUUUAGUAGAACAUCAUAUGAAUUAUGGUCUUGAAUCUUCAUCAGGUAUACGAUAUGAUGUUCAUCAUCAAACAUAUAUUCAAGAACGUGAUGGUAUGACAUAUAAAUUAGAUAAAGAGACACAACAAUGGAUUCCAUUACAAUCAUAUACUGAUAAAACAAAUAAUAUUAAAUAUACAUUUUCAAAAAAACAUAAUACAUGGAUACCUGAUGUUAGUACAUAUUCAGCAAAUGAUCCAGAAGGAAAACAACAAACAUAUGUUUGGUUAAAUGAUCAACUUAAAUGGGUACUUUUAUCAACUGUUGAUGCUUAUACUGAUCAUAUAACAAGAAUUAAAUAUAAAUGGAAUAAUCAAACAAAUAGUUGGGAUAAUGAAGGUAUUGAACCUAUUGAAGAUGAACAUAAUUUAACAAAAGAACAAAAACCAAUAGUUCCACCACAAACACAAGAUACAAAGAAGAAACCAACUGAAGGUUGGUUUGAAUUACCAGAUGAAAAAAAUUGUAAUGUUUAUGUAAGUGGCCUUCCACUCGAUAUGACUGAUGAAGAAUUUGAAGAACUCAUGUCAAAAUAUGGAAUUAUUUCACCGGAUCCAAAUGAUCUACGAAAGAAAAAAAUUCGUUUAUAUAGAGAUGAACAAGGAAAUCCAAAAGGUGAUGGAAGAUGUCGAUAUUUAAGACCUGAAUCUGUUAAAUUAUGUAUUGAUAUACUUGAUGAAACAGAAUUACGUUCAUCAAAAAUUCAUGUUGAACGUGCAAAAUUUGAAGUUAAAGGAACAUUUAAUCCAGAUUUAAAACGUAAAAGAAAAAAAAUGGAUAAAAAGAAAAAACAACUUGAAGUAGAUAAAUUACUUAAUUGGGAUGAACGUCCAGAAAUUAUUAGACAUAAAUAUGAAAGAAUUGUUGUUAUGAAAAAUAUGUUUGAUUUACAACAAUUUAAACAUGAUCCAUUGUUUAUUGAUAGAUUACGAAAUAAUAUUCGAGAAUCUUGUAGUGAAUAUGGAGAAGUUAAAAAAAUAAAUAUUUAUGAUGGAAAUUCAGACGGUGUUGCGACUGUUGGCUUUACGGAUAUUGAUCAAGCUGAUGCAUGUUGUCAAUAUAUGAAUGGUAGAAUUUGGCAUGGAAGAGUUAUUCAAUGUCAAACUUGGGAUGGCUCAACAAAAUAUGAUGUAGCAGAACCAGAAGAAUUUCAAAAGGAAAGAAUUGAUGAAUGGCACAAAUAUUUAAACGAAGAUGAUGAUGAAAAACAAACAUAG